GGGGGGGUAUCAGUGGAGACACCUCUUCUGUCUACGUCCACAUCAAUCCCCCCGCUGUCACACUCUGGUAUUUCUGCCACUUUGAGGAAAGUAAACAUUGGGUGCAGUCUGUCAGCAGUGUUUGGCACUUCAUCUCUGAUUAGGAUUAAUUGAUUUUUGAUUGCGUGCCUCAUUCCAGCCGAUCAGUGUUUUGCUAUCGUGUCUCCAGGGGCUUGUAGGGGGUGACGAAUGUGGACACAGUCCGGGUCCACACACACACACACACACACAGAUAGACAGAGAGAGGAAAACAAAUCACAUAUGAGACCUUUCAUGUCAACAACACACCCAGCCUGCUGCGAUAAUAAAAGAUGGAUGAACACCAGUGUAUCUGUGAGUCUGUGGGAAAAAGCUCCAGAGAGUGUCUGUUGGAAGUGACAUCAGCUUUUUAAGAGCACAGUCCUGCUGCUGCUCGACGAGGGCGACGUGUGAUUCACUGACACUAAUUCCAGGGAAAUGAGAGCCUGCUCCCCUCCCACCCCCCUCCUCUGUGUGACAUGCAUGCGAGGGCUGCACGGGGCCCCAGGGCCCCUGGGAAAGGCAUGAACUCAUUCCACGCUGACAAUUUAGAGAAUUUAAUGAACCUGAUGGAAAACACUCAGAACUGUUUUUUUUCCUGUAGUUCACACCCUGUACACAGACAAAGAGAGUUACACUGACACAAAGCAGCUUCACGGAAAUAGAGAGAUUGUUAUAUUUUGAAUUUAACCAGUCCUCACAAAAUGUUUUGACACUAAGGAAAUAUUAAUCAGCUGUUUCUGCCCACUGAAUAUCAGCAAUUUGAUGAGAAUUAAGCAGACACAAUAUACAUUACAGGUACAUAUAUACAGUAUAUACAGUACACACCUGUGACCAACAAGUAUCCAAUGCAAAUGUACAAAACAAAUUAAAUUAGAAAAAAGAAAAGAAAAGAAAAAAGAAAAAAAGGUUUCAUUCAAUUAAAUCUAGGGAUGAUAAAAGUUGUUUUAAAAAAAAAACCUUAUUAAACUGAUCAUUUUGAAACUGAUUUUCAGACCUAAUUUGUGUCUUAAAGUCACAACCCAUGUGGCAAAUGUAAAUGUAGAUACUAAUAAUAACAACUUAUAUUUAUAUAGCACUUUUCAAAACAGAGUUGCAAAGUGCUGUGCAUACCCAAAAACAAAACAAAGCAAUAAAAGACACAGAUAAGAGAGGCAAUUAGGAAGACAAGUAUAACAGGGACAAUUACAAAUACGCGUGUUAAAACGAUUAAAUCAAUAAAAGAAACAAAAGAAAAUAAAAGUAAAAGUAAAAACCAAAGAUAAAAGCAUUGAAAUCAAGAAUUAAACGCUGCUUACAAGUAUGUUUAGUAAAUUGGGGCAACGACUCAGCAGCUCCACCGACAAACCUGCUGUCACUCCCAAAAUGACUGAUGGGUCCUUUAAUUUGUUCAGUUCAGAAUGAUUUUGUUUGUUUUCAUAGAAAAUAGUCAGUGAGUGACCUGUCAAAGGGCAGGGCUCAGAGACCCUCCUGUUCCCAGUAAAAUGGUUCAGUCGAGGCGACUGCAAGAGGUCUCACUCCUACAGUGAUAUCAGCAACCGGAAAUUUAAAUCUAAAAAUUAUCUUUAUUUAAAAAAAAAAAAAAUGAUUAGAAACCUGAGCGUGUUCUCAAUAAAGUUCCACAGUAGUUUACAAGAUGGGCAUCACCCACUGUUAAAUGUCCAAUGACAACAUGUUCACGUCACGCUUUAGUUUCAACUACAAAUAUUAAGACCUCAUAAAUAUAAGACCUCAUGGGUCAUAAUGAACCAUAAUAGAAAUAAGACUACAUUUGGCAUCCAUAUAUUCUGUGUGUUUCAUACACUUUUGUCCUCUUUUAAGGAUUGCUGAUUUCAAUGAAUCAUUGGGAUAAUUAAUAAGAAAGUUAAUAACACUUUUACACACUUAUGGUGACUUAAAUGAUCAAACCUAUUAGACCGUUUUUAUGGUUUUAGACACAUGAUAUUUGCUGCUUGAGCUGCUUUCAGUGGAUCCUUGUAGUCCAAUCACUUGGAGUUAAAAGUUAAAACUGCACUAUUGUGGGAGUGAGGCAUCUUCUCGCACGUAGAGGAUCUUGGUUUCUGUCAACGUUGCCUCGUUGUCUGAAAGCGGGUGGACGUCUGACAGCCUCUCCCUCCAUCCUCCGCUGGUGAAGCCGCCGCCGGUGGACAGAGACCGGGGCGGAGACACGGACACAUUCCGGUGAAUCUACAAACAUCCGAACCGUCGACGAGUAAAAAGCGGCUGUUGUGUUUUUUUCCGUGUUCGUGUCGGAUUGUAACGGGGGAGCAGCAGCUGCUGCGGGGAGAUGCUGUCAUGUAAAUAGACGUCAUUGAUUUAAAAGCCUGGAAGUAAAGCGGUGACAUCAGCUGCUGAUCGUUUCUGCACCGGAAUCACUGAAGACAAAAACGACUGGGAUUUUUUUUUUAAAAAAAACAAAAACGGGAUCGAACUGGCAACACAUGCCCACAGUGUUACCACCAAGGAAGUGAAAAUGUAACCCGUGACAGAGAGAUCCUCUCACAUCCGCUCUGCGGGGAAAUCUGUUUCACUGCUGAUCGCGAUGAAAUGUCAGUGUGAACCGACGAGAUUUGCUUCUUCAUCUGAUCUCCAUCAUCAACUGACCCAGUUUUACUUCUUCUGAUCAAAGCUGAAUAUUCUCUGCAGUGAUUCAUUGCAUCAUCAAAUCUCACUUUAUGCCCAGAUAUCAGUUUAAGGCAAUUUAAUUAAAGCCUCCAAAAUGUGCAGCAGAAAUAAACGUGCAUAUCUUAAACGUUUAAUUUGAAUUUAACCUCAAAUUUAAGAUUAAAGCAUCACUGUGCAAAACCUGUAAUGACAAGGAACUGCGAACUGUUGGACUACACCUGUGCAAAAAUCCAACCAAAGAAAUCACCGCUUUAAAGUUACUCUGACCAGCUGUGAUUUCAUCCUCCAGCCUAAAGAAACUCACACCUCUUACAUGCUACCAAAGACUUUUAAAGCGCCCCUGUGUCACUGAGAGAUACUCUGCUACCACGUGCUGUUGUGAUGCUGGACGUGGUGAAGAUGAAGGAGGCCUGCAGGAUCUGCGCCCGCGAGCUCUGCGGCAACCAACGCCGAUGGAUUUUCCACCCGGCGGCCAAGCUCAACCUGCAGGUGCUGCUGUCCCACGCUCUGGGCCACGAGCUGACCCGGGACGGCCGCGGGGAGUUCGCCUGCUCCAAGUGCACCUUUAUGCUGGACCGCAUGUACCGCUUCGACACGGUGAUCGCCCGAGUGGAGGCCCUGUCUCUGGAGCGCCUCCACAAGCUGCUGCUAGAGAAAGAUCGGCUGAGGCAGUGCAUCGGAGGCCUGUACCGGAAGAACAAUGCAGAGGAUGGGAACGCGGCUCCGGCCGGGUCCAGUGUGGAGGUUGUUGGGACAGAGGUGGGGUCUGAAGACUCCCCUGUGGUGGAUCUGUCAGCCCUGCAGGAUGUGAGAUACUCUGAUAUGAUCCAGGAUGAUCUGACUUACUCUGUGUAUGAAUCAUGGGCUGAUAAGGAAGACCCCGCCCUGGACCAGCACCACCAACACCACCAACACCACCAUGUCCACCACUGCCCAGGAGGAGACUCCCUUUCUGGCCAGAAGCCAAGGAGGUGCAGGGGUUGUGCGGCCCUCCGUGUAGCAGAUUCUGACUACGAGGCGGUGUGUAAGGUGCCUCGCAGGGUUGGGCGAAGGAGCACGUCCUGCGGCCCGUCUACUCGCUACUCAGCCAGUGCUCAGGGGGUGGAGGACCCCACCAGAGCCUCUGGAGGGUCUGAAGCUACAACCAUUGCCUUUGAGUCCCCUUCAGCUGAUUUGGACACUGAUAAGACCAUGUGUGACCAGACGAGUCCCAGCCCAGCGUCUUCUGUAGAAUCUCUGGACACCGCCGUGGACAUGAGUUGUCCUCCUGCAAAUCACAAAGAGAGGGAAGAAACUGAACCAGAGAAAGAUCCAGAGGAUGCUCCAGUGAGAAGGGAAACUCCAUGGGACAAACCCCCAAGCGAGAUCUCCCUCUCUGGGGUUGAGAUGAUGCUGAGCCUCCUGAGGGGCUGGGAGUACCGGCCAGUGAAGCCUCGAAGGGGCAGCAAACUCCCAGUUCUGGUCAAAGCCAAGCUGGAACAAGGCCUUUCGCUGGCCCUGUCCAUCCCGCUGAGGUCACCCAGUGGGGGGGCAGCAGACAUUGAACUGUACCACCCCCACCAGCCUAUACCGGAGGUGGUGACCCCGUGUCCACAGCAGGACCUGCAGGUGGAGCUGGCAGAGAUGGAGGAGCAGUGGCUGGAUGAUUAUGUUCAGUGCAGGCCUUUCCGCUUCCAGCAGCGGCUGAUUGACGAGCAGCAGGGUCAGCUGAGUCACUAUGAGAGUGCUGCAGGCCAGUGUGUCGGUGAACUGCAGAAGGCCCAGGACCAGGUCCGCUCGCUGCAGGCCAAGAUCCGAGAGAGUGAGACCAGGAACCAGAAGCUGCAGGAGCACCUCGGUGAGAUGGAGCUGGAACUGCGGUCGACCCGAGAGGAAGCCCAGCGGCAGGAGCGAAACAUCCAGAACAUCAGUGAUAACGUCAGCUCCAAGGAGGCAGAGGCUUCAGAGCUGUACAGUGUGAUUGAGGAGCAGAACAAGAUGCUGUGUUCGCUCAAAGAGCUCGCCAACCGCAACCAGCUGCAGCAGCUGCAGGUGUCAGGGGCGGAGAGUCUUCGAGGUCAGGGUGAAGUUCUGGCUUUGCAGGCCUCUCUCUUCCAGGCUCAGCUGGAGCUGCAGGCCGGCCAGCGGGCGCAGCGGCAGGCGGCCAGAGCGCAGGAGGACCUGAGCCGCGCCCUGCAGAGGCUGGAGAACGAUCUGCAGGGGGCGCUGCAGCACAGGAGGGAGACGGAGAGGCACAACCAGGAGCUGCAGCUGGCUCUGGAGAACGCUCGAUCGGCCAUGCAAGAGAGAGAGGAGCAGCUGAGAAUGGAUGAGGAAGAGAAAGAGAGGGAGAAGGAGGAGAGAGAGAAGACCAUCAGGGAGCUGAAGACGUCGCUGCAGACCAAAGAACAGCUGGUGGAGGACUACUGUGAGCUGCUGGAGGAUCCGAAGGAGAAGAGAGACUCUCUGCUUCAGAAACUCCGCCAGCGCAUCAAGGAGCGAGACCGAGCUCUGGAGCGAGCGGUGGAUGAAAAGUUCCGCUGUGUGGAGGAGAAAGAGGGGGAGACUCGUCGGCUUCAGCUGCUGCUCAGAGAGAAGGAGAGAGACCUGGAGAGGCAGCGCUGCAUCCUGGCCAACAACGAGGAGACCAUCACUAGCCUGGAGGUGCUGGUGCGAGGGAAAGCUCUGGAGCUGGAGCAGGUGGGCGACGCCUGGAAGAACAUUCAGCGUCAGCAGCAGGAGAGCGAGGAGAGGCAGAGCCGCGUGCUGAGAGAGAGGGACGCCAUCAUCAGCCAGCUGCAGGCGGCGCUGUACACUCGCUCACAGGAGGCACAGGAUCUGCGCUGCUCUCUGCUGGCUCAGAUCCAGACAGCUCCCAGCGACGUCCUGGAGGAGCUGAAAAUCCGCCUCCAGCUCAAAGACCGCCUCUUCCAGGAAGUGCUCGCCGACCGGACCCGUCAGUCCCAGGAGCACCAGGACCAGGUCCAGGGUCUGCUCACAGCCAUCAGCUCCAGGGACCAGUACAUUCAGGACUCUGCGGGCCGCCUCAGUGAGGUGAUGACCGAGCAGACGUCCAGGCUCCAGGAGCUCCGCAGACAGCUGAGCUCUGGUCUCGGAUCUAAGGUCGACUCUGGAACAGACUCGGCCGUGGAGCUCCAGGCGGUGCAGGAGGAGCUGCGUCUGGCCCUGAGGAGGGAGAAGGAGAACCAGGAGCUGAGCAGGAGUCAGGCCGCCAGGCUGGACUCCCUGAGCAGGACGCUGCAUGUGAAGGAGGAGCUCAUCAGGGACUUCCAGAGGCAGAUAGUGGAUCCUUCAGGCCUCCCACUGGUCGAGCGACUGACCCAGGAGGUUCAGGAGCUUAGGGAGAGCCUGGUCCAGCAGGAAGGUCUCCCAGCCAGAGGCCCCAUCCUGGGCCGCGACAGGCCCAACAGCAGGCAGCCUGAGUUUGGAGAACUGAGCACAGAGGAGGAAGACGAGGCCGACGAUGAAGAUCUCAACAGCGAGUACACAGAGAGUAUCGAUGAAGAGGAGACGACCACCCAGGGUUCUGCAGGUCCAGGAAAGGCUCUAUCGCAGGACCUGCUGUUUGAAGGCCAGGGGCUGAUGGAGGUCAAACAGCUGGUGGAGCAGAAGAGGGCAGUGGAGAGAGAGCUGGGAGAGCUGAAGGCUCAGCUGGAGAAGGCCGGCUUCUCCUCGCUCUCGCAGAUGAGGAAAGCUCUGUUCAGCCUACAAGCAGCGAAUGAAGACUUAAAGCAUCAGCUGACUGAGGGUCUGCAGCCUGACGGUAAACAGAGUGAUGACCAGAAAGUGUUGGGGGGCGAAGAGGAGGAGGAUGAGGAGGAAGAGGAGCUGGAUGUGACCAUAGAAGGGGAAGAGGAAGAGGAGGAGGAAAGCUCGGAGAUGUGGGAAGCCUGGGACAGUGAGGCGUCUCUGUCACAGACAAACAUCCAAACCAGUGAUGAGCAGAAGACCAGAGCCACCAGACCCGAGUCCCUGCACCUGCUCAACACCCCCUCACAGGGUGAUGACAUGGACAGCGAGCUGCAGCAAGGCGCAGAGUCUUCUGAGAGGAGUGAGAGGACGGUCCGUCUGCAGCAGAAGAGCAAAGAGCUGAAGGAGAGGCUGAUGGUGUCCGAGGCCACGGUGCAGGCUCAGGCCGAGCAGCUCAAAGACUACAGGGAGCUGCUCACCGAGACGACGGUACAGCAGGACAGUAAGCAGAUCCAGGUGGACCUGCAGGAUCUGGGCUACGAGACCUGCGGCCGCAGCGAGAACGAGGCUGAGAGGGAAGACACCAGCAGCCCAGAGUUCGAUGAUCUGGAGAUGUGUACAUCUCUCGACUGUGGGUCCCAGUGGUGGCCUGCCACCGCCACCGGCACCAGCUCCAACUUCACUAAAACCACCACCCAGAGCUCCGGUUAUGGAGACGAGGCGUCGUCUCUCCAGCGUCUUGUCGAGGACCUUCGCUCGCAGCUGUCCCGCUCUCAGGGAGUUAUCCGAGGGCUGCAGAGCCGCCUCCGCUCCCUCUCCACCUCCAGCGACUACGGACCCUCUACACCUCGCAAGGUCAACUGGUCCUUCCAGGCCUCGCCCUCACAGAGCGGGACGGAGGAUGAUGAGGGCUGGCAGUCAUCUGACGGAGGUCCACUGGCUUCGCCUCGUCACCCUCACCCAGACAAGGGCCUGCAGGAGCUGGUGUCACGUGUGGAUGCUCUGGAGAACCAGCUGAGGAAAGGAGGCAAGAAGUCUGUGGACCAAGACGGAAAGUCUGCCACAUGGCCCGGUAAAUUCGACACUCUGAUCCAGGCUCAGGCCAGGGAGUUGUCUCACCUCCGUCAGCGGCUGAGAGAGGGUCGGGGCGUGUGCAACAUCCUCACCCAGCACCUGGGAGACACCACCAAGGCCUUCGAGGAGCUGCUGAGAGCCAACGACAUCGACUACUACAUGGGCCAGAGCUUCAGGGACCAGCUGGCCCAGAGCAGCGCUCUGGCACAGAGAGUCAGCGCAAAGAUCAGUGGACGAGAUCAUCCUGAAGAUCCAGAUGAGAAGACAGAGCUGCUCGCCAUCCGGCUCAGCAAGGAGCUGCAGCAGAAGGACAAAGUCAUCGAGUCUCUCCGCUCAAAGCUAAACCAGCAUCACCAUCAUCAUCAUCAUUCUCAUCGUUCUGACACGCCCUGCAGCAGCCACGCCCUCUCCGACACCACCGAUCAAUCAGAUCGCAUCUCCUAUGUGUCUGAUGAGCAUGGAUCCACGAAUGAGGACCUGGAGCUCUGCUCUGAUGUGGACGCCGCCAGCGAGCUCGGCCAGGAGGACACACAGACUUCCACCAGAGUCGGCACAGAUUGCCACUCUCACAGUAGCACCAUGUCACGCCGUCCGUCUGUCCCUCCAUCCAUCACCUCAUCCCACAGUACCCAGUCCUGUCUCAGCUGUCCCAGCAUGCAAUGCACCAGCUCGCCACACAAACCUGCAGACAUGCAGAGUCAGACAGCUCCAGGCUCAGUCUUCACCUCUGCCCCCCUCCACCCUCCCCUCUCCUCCUCCUCCACCCAAAAUGCAUCCUCGCCCUUCCACCAUCCCCAUCCUACUGCCCCGCGAACCCGUUACCAAGGCAGCGGGGGAGUGGGCUUCUCCCUGGCUGAGGUGCACCAGGAGCUGCAGAUGUUACAGAGGCAGCUGGGAGACAGUGAGAGGUUCUCCACUCCCCAGUCCAAACCUCUUCAGGGAUUCCCGUUCGCCCACCAGCAGUCGGACUCUUCUGCCUUCCUGCCUCUCUCCUUCCACGGAUACCAGCCUUCUCCUUUCGGCAGCGCCGCGAGCAACAGCAGUCUGGAUGCUAGCUUAGCCAUGAAAGCCGGGGCCAGCCUGCUGGAGAGCAGUGCAUUGUGGGAUGCGGCCUACGUUACCCGACCCGUGAGACUUGGAGCUGAGCUGUCGUCAGGAUCAUCAGGGUACCAGUCAGGUGCCAGCCACACAGGUUCAGACCUGAUGAAGGAGCAUCUGAGAGAGGUACGGAGUCUGAGGCAGAGACUGGAGGACUCCAUCCAGACCAACGACCGCCUCCGGCAGCAGCUGGAGGACAGACUGGCCCGCACCGCCACUGAGAAAGGUGCUCCUACCAACAUCUACAUCCAGGGUCUGGACUCAGUCGGUCAGCUUUCCAGUGAGAUCAGACUCCUGAAGGAGGAGAACAUCAGUCUGCAAAACCAGCUGAAGCAGGCCACCAGAGAGGGAAGCAAGGAGGUGGAUCAGCUGAAGGAGGCGGCGCUCCUGGAGCGGGCCAGGUUGAAGGAGGCGGAGCUUGAGGUGGAGAGGUGGGCGGAGCGGAGCAGGAAGUUGCAAGCUGAGGCUGAAGCUCACAACCAGGAGAUCACGCAGCUGAAACAGGACCGACAGAGGAACCAGGAAACCAUCAACAGACUCCAGCAUGAGGUGAGCGUCCUCCAGCAGCAGCUGUGUGAGAGCCGCAGUCUGGUCCACUCUCUUCAGUGUGAGCUGCAGGUGUACCACAGGGUGGGCGUAGUCACCACCAAGACACACUCAGGUCAGGCCAGUGACAGUGUCCAGCCAGAACACAGCACUGCCACCUUUGACCCCAGAGAGCUGCACAUUCAGCUGGAGCAGCAGCUGAGCGGACAGCCGCGAACCAGGAGGCAGCUCUUCAACGACAACGUUCCCUCUCCACCCGUGAGAGACACUGGACUCGUCAGUCCUUCCUCUCCUCUACGCUCUGUGCAGAAACAUGCAGAGGAGACUGGAGCUGCUGAUCAUGCUGCCUCGGCACUACAGGGCCAAGUUCCAGACGGCUCCUUCGCCAGCCGUCACGGCCGCCACGCCGUUGGCCACAUUGAUGACUUCAAGGCUCUGCAGCAGCAGAUCCUGGAGGGUAGCGCUCUGCUCUCCAAGAUGGAGGUAGCCCUCCGUUCCCUGAUUGUCUCGGCCCUGCAGGAGUUCAGUCUUCACCAGCCCUCAGACUCGGCUUCGGCAAGGAAGCUGCUGUCUGACACUAAAACCCUGCGACAGAUCCUGGAGGAGGCGGACUCUCUGCUGCGGAUGUUCUGGAGGGCGGCUCUGCCAAACUCUGAGGAAACCAAACAGGACCAUUCUCUGAGGGAGGAGGUGGUGUCUCUCCGUCUGAGGCUCUCAGAACAAGAACAGGCUCUAAAGGACGCCAUGGAGAGAGUGAAGAGCUCCAACCGCACCAAAGAUAGCAUGGAGCACUUUAUAGUCAGCCAACUGUCGAGGACACGGGAUGUCUUGAGGAAGGCCAAGACGAACUUACAGGAGAACGAGCUCAGGAUUUCCUCCCUUCGCGAAGCCUCUUUCUCCAUUCCUUCUCCCUCCCCCUCCUCUUCCUUUUUUCCCUCCUCCUCCUACUCCUCCUCUUCCUCACACCCCUGGCCUGUUAAAGGUGAAAACAGAGGAGGCUUCUAUGAGCUCGCCUUCUCUCCUAGUUGGAGUGUCAUGAUGCCCCAAACCUCCUCCUCCUCCGCCUCCCCCUCCUCCUCUGCUGUCCAGGCACCUGCUCACCACCAGCGCCCCCUGCAGGCAGCCUUCCUGUAGUGCACCAGCUCAGAGUUCCUCAUGAUCAUCACCAUCAUCACCAUCAUCAUCAUCAUCAUCAUCAUCAUUAUCAUCAUGUCCUAUUCAAACAGAACAUGCAGGAAAUGCUGGCUCUCUUAUUGGCUGGGGAAACAUUUCAGUUGAGUGACGAGUGUCUGAGUCGUUGAUGGGCGUUUGUGUCGUUAGAUUUCUGCUGGUUGAUGAUGGUUUAUCAAUGUGAAUGAUUAGAAUUGGUUUAUUAUUGGUGUAAUGUGUGUAGGUGUUUUGUUGAGGCCGUCAACUGAAGUUUUUUUCUCAUUUAUAUGAGACCAGUUUGAGUUCGGCUGAAGUUGACUUCUGAUUUUUCCCAUUUUCACACAAAAAAGAAAAUUCUACAAUUAUGAAGACCAGGUUUAAAACACUGUUCGGGCUCUUAUGGGCAAUUUAAUCCAGGUUUUUUUAUGUAGACCUGGUCUCGUGAGGUCUAGGCAAUAAAAUAUUUUUAAACAACUUGGUUUAAAACCCUCUUUUUAUAUGACAUUUACUUCCUAUUUGACAUUGACAGUUUAAAAACAACAUAAAAAGAGAAUUUCUCCCUUAUGUUUCCAAUACACUUGCAAACCAGUGGCUACCAAUCAGAAUCCAGCUUCAGCCUUGUUCUUCAGCAGGGAUCCAAAAAACAAAAACCCACCUGAUGCCAGCAGGAAAAAAAAAGGAGGCUUUAAAAAAGCCAAAACCAAACAGCAAAGUGCUUCCUCUCAGCUUCUGUUGAAGCUUGUAUUUGUAGGUAGUGUGUAGAAUAGUUGCAUGUGGUGUGAGCAGCUUGUGGAAACAAAGCCAUACUCUCUGACGGUACAGUUACAGUAGAUAUGUUUUUGUUUUGUCCUAAUUGUACUAAUAAUGUCAUAAAAAUGGCCGACUACUGAUAUGAGGAAAAACAGCAUAGAACUACCAAUAGACAGUUUGGUCAUAUAGCUGGUAGAUGAUGUUCUGUCGCGUUUACUGUCACAUAAAACACCAAUUUAGGAUUUUUAAUGGUCCUCAGACUCCAGAGUAUUACUGUUAAAUAUGGAGUCGCUUCUCUCAAGAUUUUUUUUCUUUUUUUUUUUUUUUUAAAAAAGGGUCCAACCCAGUUUUUCCUGCUGAAACACUAACCUCCAGUGUUGGAAAGCCUUCUGAUGAAGCUGCUGUGACGAGCAGCAUCUUAGUAAACCAGUGUGAAUAAAAAACAAGCACAUGUUACAGACUGGAGUCGCCAAGCUGCUGCCUUCAGUGACCUGUCAGACAAUCUGUAAACACAUGGAAAGAAAUUCAUUUUUUGGGGCAUGGUCCAAGAGAUUACAUUUCAUUUUUUGUAACUACAAAAAUGGACCACACUUUUUAUUUUAUUUUAUCCUUUAGGUGUUAUUGUUCUUUCUUUUUUCUAAAUUUGUGAAUCUUUUUAUUGUUGAAUUUCCCUCAAGAUGACAAUCAAAAAAAAUAAAAAAUCAUCAAGAGUAAAAAACACUCGCUCACUGUGCAAAUGAACUUUGGGUUUUUCACACUGGCUUCUAAAAGUUUUAUUCAUUUUCUUAGUUAAACUUCAUUUCCCUGUAUAUUAAAUGACCUGUUUCUUUUUGUGCAUGAACUGUGGCUUCACUGCCCUCGAAUACUUUUACUGAAAUAUGCAAUUUUUGGGGUUCCUGUGCAAUACUGGCCUUUGUGGUUGCUUUUUUUUUUAUGUAUGAGGCCUGGGUAUUAAAGUGCCAUGUCAUCUGUUUUAGCUCUGAAGCUGAACUGAUUUAAACAAAUGGACUUUUGGAUGAACAUGUUCAGUCUCUUGACAAUCAGGUUGAAGCAGUUUAGUGGCCCUCACAUUUUUUUGGCUUAAUAUGAAUCAGAGUUUUAUAUAAAACAAGAAAAAAGGCAAAAAGCACUGUAAUGAUUUAUUUAUCAGCAAUAAGAUCAACUAAAGUGAACAACGUGUGUUAUCAAAUCAGGUGUAAAAUUCUAAAGUUUAAAUAUUCUUUUGUGUAAAUCCCCACAGGUCAAAGGUCAGACUUUGUGUCUUUCUUAGUGUCUUUGUGGCUUUAGGAACCACAACUCAUGUAUGUAAAUAUUAAAGGGAGUGUGUACAUCAAUGCAAGUUUUCUGUUGCUGUGAGAGAAGAGAUGUAUUUUUAUGCAUGUUCUCUUUAUUAAAAAUGAUUUCGGUUUAAAAGAAAAAAAGAACCUUUUCAAUAAAAGGGGAUUAAAGAA